GUCAGUAAAUGUAUGAUGUCGGCCUUACUCGUCGUAGUGUGUGUUGUAGCAAUUGACGUUGCUCAUGGCGCGCUGCCGUACCAGAACACCAACCUGGGGUGGGAUGCUAGGGUGGAUGACCUCGUGCGUCGAAUGACCUUGCAGGAGAUACAAGUCCAACUCGCCAGCGGCCACGGUGAGUCUCCGCCAAUCAAGCACCUGGGUAUCAAGAACCUCUCCUGGUGGACGAACUGUGGUCGUGGGGAUGUCGCAAGAAACGCCACUGGGUAUCCCCAGUUUAUAGGACUUGGAGCGUCCUUUGAUUCGGACUUAGUGUACCGGAUCGCGGAGGCCACCAGUAUUGAAGUGCGGGCCUACUAUAACUACUUCGUGGCGCACCAUGAACGUAUCAACAUACACAGAGGAAUCAGCUGCUUCAGUCCCAACGUGGACGUCUUCAGAGAUCCCCGGUGGGGCAGAGGACAGGAGACUUUCGGGGAGGACCCAUUCCACGCCGGGGAGCUCGGCUACAUCCACGUGAAGGGCCUCCACGGAAAGGACCCCCGCUAUGUGAGGACUAGUUCCGGGUGCAAGCACUACAUCCUGUCUGGAGGCCCUGAAGACUGGCCGGUGAACAGACACAAAUAUGACCCCAAGGCCAGACUCUAGAGCGGGAGGGUCACGACCGCCACAGUGUCGGUCUCCCAGGACAUCAACUUGACCUUCUGAAAACGGUCGUCAAUCAUGUGCAAGGGGGGCCGAGCAUCAUUGGUAAACGCGCUGCAGCAACUCCAAUCGUGCUGCUUCUGUUUGAUGGUGGGCCACUCGAAGUCUCGGUUGCCGAGGCGAAUCCUCACGUGACCGCGAUACUUGAGUGUUUCCUACCCCAUCAAAAAACAGGGGAGGCAAUCCAGAAGGUUCUGACUCACGAUGGUGCGAACUCCGUGCCCUCUGCUAAAUUACCCUACACCGUGCCAGCCAGCGAC